ACGCCGGUGUGGGAAGGUCUUGGAUUACGGCGCUCGGAGGACGCGAGGGGCGGCAGCGGCCUAAAGCGGAGGACCCCUUUCCCCCCUGCAAAGACCCUUUCCCCCCCCCUCACCCAACCCUCGUUUUCAAACCUCUUCUCUCCGGCCGCUUCUGCGAGGAAGGGCCGCCUGCCCCCCCUCCCCUUCUUUUAAGCCUGGGCAGAGUUGGGGUGGAGGGACAAGGAUGUAAGAGAGCGAUGGGCAGGGACCCCUGGGGGGUGAAUUCCCUCACCCACUCCCCGCUUUAAUUCUCAGGCCAGACCUCGUUCUUGGGGGGGUGGGGAAGAUUUUAAUCUCCUUCCACCCUUCCAAAGCGAUUCUGAUUCCCUUCUAUCGCCUCCCUGGCAUCGCAAAAGCAAGGGAGAAAAAUAAUAAUAAUAAUAAUCCUUUCUCCCCUCCCUUUAUCUUAAUCUUUCCUGUAUUAACGGGGUUUUUUUCCCCUCUUAUCUAUCCUGUUUCUUUCUCUCCCCCCCCCCCCCGGGGCAACUGUCAUUGCCCCCCCUUUUUUUAUUCCUUCCCCCCCUUCAAGCAUUAUCAUAACUGCCAGGGACGACCCCCCCCAAAAAAACCCUCGUUUUAAAAGGGGGCUUUGAAUGACAACCUGCUUUUUUGCUCCUUUAUGGCUUUUUAUGUUCUUCCCCACCUGUAAAUCCCAUUCUUUUUUUUAAAGGAAAAAAGACAAGGUGGGCUUUUCUAAAGGGGCUUAAUCCCCCCCCGUUCCCCAAUUCUAAAGAUUUUUUACCAAUUUUGGCAUUAACCUCAAAUGCUUGGCUAUAUGAAAGGGCCGCUUCUUUAAACCUCUGGGGCUUUUUCUGCAUCUUUUCUUUCCCAAAGAGGCUUCCCAUUCACCCACCCCGCUUCUCCACCAUCCACCGACCCCCCCAUGCCAGAAAACACCCACCGCCUAUGGGAAGCUGGCCGGUGCCCCCCAGCCACCCUCCCCAGGUCAGCAGCAGCGUCAUGCCAGCAGGUGCCCCCUUGCAUUGGGGGGGCCCAGGACGCAGGCAGAGCCAGCCCCCCCUCUCCUAGCCUCUCCUCCCCCAGCCUGCUGAUGUGAGCUUCGGCUUGUCCUUCCCUUUCUCCUUGUCCUCCUCCCUGCCGUUGUCCCCACCCCACCCCUCAAGCUUCAUGCCCCCCUGAAGAACAUGGAGGUGGUGGGGGAUUUUGAAUACAGCAAAAAAGACCUGAUCGGGCAUGGAGCUUUCGCCGUGGUCUUUAAGGGUCGGCACCGCAAGAAAACGGACUGGGAAGUGGCUAUAAAGAGCAUUAACAAAAAGAACUUGUCGAAGUCGCAGCUCCUGCUUGGGAAGGAGAUAAAAAUUUUGAAGGAACUGCAGCAUGAAAAUAUUGUGGCCCUGUACGACGUCCAGGAAAUGCCCAACUCCGUCUUUCUCGUAAUGGAGUAUUGCAACGGUGGAGACCUAGCAGAUUACUUGCAAGCCAAAGGAACGCUCAGCGAGGAUACCAUCCGGGUCUUCCUGCAGCAGAUCGCGGCUGCCAUGCGCGUUCUCCACGGCAAAGGCAUCAUCCACAGGGACCUGAAGCCGCAGAACAUCCUGCUGUCAUACGCCAGUCGCAGGAAGUCGAACGUCAGCGGCAUCCGCGUCAAGAUAGCUGACUUUGGGUUCGCCCGUUACCUCCAGAGCAACAUGAUGGCGGCCACCCUCUGCGGCUCCCCGAUGUAUAUGGCACCGGAAGUGAUCAUGUCCCAACACUACGAUGCUAAAGCCGACCUGUGGAGUAUAGGCACGGUCAUCUACCAGUGCCUGGUUGGGAAGCCACCCUUUCAGGCGAAUAGUCCUCAGGAUCUGCGAAUGUUUUACGAGAAGAACAGGAACCUCAUCCCGAGCAUCCCCAGGGAAACCUCAGCUUACUUGUCCGAUUUGCUUCUGAACUUGCUUCAGAGAAACCAGAAAGACAGAAUGGACUUUGAAGCUUUCUUCGGUCACCCAUUCCUGGAUCAGGUUUCGACGGUCAAAAAAUCUUGUCCUGUACCUGUUCCGGCACCUGCUGGGUCAGUCUCUGGCGGAUCCUGUGGUAGCUCUCCCUCCUGCCGGUUUGCUUCUCCCCCAUCCCUUCCAGAUAUGCAGCACAUCCAAGAAGACAACCUGUCCUCUCCACCCUUGGGACCUCCGAAUUACCUUCAGGUGUCCAAAGAUUCUGCCAGCACCAGUAGCAAGAAUUCCUCCUGCGACACCGAUGACUUCGUCCUGGUUCCACACAACAUCUCUUCCGACCAGUCGUACGAUCUCCCCCUGGCAACCGUGGGCCGGAGAGCCUCGAGCGAGUUCCUGAUGUGCGGAGGGCAGUGCCAGCCUUCCGUCUCUCCCCGGAGCGAAACGGUGCCCAUCCCAGUCCCUACUCAGCUACGGAACUACCAGCUUAUAGAGCAGAACCUGACAUCGGCCACCAGUCCCGGUUCAAACCCCCACGGGUCACCGAGAUCUGGGGCGGUGCGGCGGUCAAACACCAGCCCUUUGGGCUUCCUGAAGACCGGCUCCAGCUCCCCAGUGCCGGCUGACACUGUCCAGACUGUGGGGCGCAGACUGUCCACGGGCUCUUCGAGGCCGUACUCCCCUUCGCCACUAGUUGGUACCAUACCUGAGCAACUUGGGCAUUGCUGUUGCGGGCAGCUGCAAGGGCACGAAAUAAGGGGCCGAAGCUCUUCAGGUUCCUCGGCAACGCAGUCCCAGUCUCCACAGUCCCUCCUGUUGACAGGAGCUCGACUGCAAAACACGCCCACCCUGACGGACAUUUACCAGAACAAGCAGAAACUUCGGAAGCAGCAUUCAGAUCCCAUCUGCCCAUCCUACACAGCCUGCAGCUAUGGCCAUUCGCCCCAGCCCACCCGGCCGGUCAGUCUGGGGACAUCGCCUACCAAACACAUGGGGUCAUCUCCGCGGAGCUCGGACUGGCCCUUCAAAACUCCCCUGCCAACCAUCAUUGGCUCUCCCACAAAGGCGACGGCUCCUUUCAAAAUCCCCAAGACCCAGGCAUCUUCAAAUUUGGUGGGCCUCAUCAGUCGGCAGGCGCCCUCGGACCUCUUGCUGCAGCCGAAGGACAUGGGAGAGGCCAGAGAGCUCACACCCUUCCACGCCGCACAGAGUAGUGACAAGCAGGCGAGAGAUCAACACGGAAAGACGGCCUUUGGCAGGUCUGUAAGUACCAGCAAGCUGUCAGAUCAACCAGCAAAGGGGGCCCUUAGCAGCCAGCUCUACCAGGGCAGCACUGACAGCCUUAAUACCGAGCGGCCGAUGGAUACAGCUCCCUCGGGGGCCUGUGGCAUCACCGGAGGACAUCCGUCCAUGCCAGUUGGAGCCAGUUCCAGAGCAGUGAUGUUCACUGUAGGAUCGCCUCCAAACAGUGCCACGCCUCCGACCUGCACCCACAUGGUACUCAGAGCUCGGACGAUGUCAGUUGGCUCUAACAGCUCCGGAGGCUCCCUGUGUUCUACCAGUGGCCGGAUCCUGAUGGGCUCCCCGCCUGGGAUUUAUAUGGGAACCUCUCCUCCUGGUGCUGAGGCAGCCCCUUGCUUGAAGUACAUGCCUUACGGCGCGUCGCCUCCCAGCUUUGAAGCUCCAGAACUGCCUGAAGAAACUUUGAUGGAGAGGGAGCACACGGACACCCUACGCCACUUGAAUUUGAUGCUGGCCUUCACGGAGUGCGUGCUGGACCUGACGGCCAUCCGCAGCGGCAACCCAGAGCUCUGCAACUCCGCCGUCUCCCUCUACCAGAUCCAGGAGAGCGUCGUGGUGGAUCAGAUCAGCCGGCUGAGCAAAGACUGGGGGCAAGUGGAACAGCUGGUCCUGUACAUGAAGGCAGCCCAGCUCCUAGCCUCCUCCUUACACCUGGCCAAAGCCCAGAUCAAAUCGGCCAAGCUGAAUCUCUCGACCGCGGUGAAGCAAGUUGUCAAAAACCUGAACGAAAGGUAUAAAUUCUGCAUCGCCAUGUGCAAGAAGCUGACCGAAAAGCUGAACCACUUUUUCUCGGAUAAGCAGCGUUUCGUCGAUGAAAUUAACAGCGUCACGGCCGAAAAGCUCAUCUACAGCUGCGCGGUGGAAAUGGUCCAGGCAGCAGCCUUGGAUGAGAUGUUUCAGCAGACCGAAGACAUUGCGUACCGGUACCACAAAGCUGCGUUGUUGAUGGAAGGCCUAGCGAAGAUCUUGCAGGAUCCGGCUGACAUUGAGAACAUCAACCGUUAUAAAGCUAGUAUCGAACGGAGACUCUCAGCUCUGUGUUGCAACGCCGUCGCCGUCUAUGAAUAGAAGACCACCAACCCCCUCCACCCUACUCCCCAGGGACCACUCAGUGUAGCCAAAAUCUGGGCAUUUCCCAUCCCGAAGGAAAGCUGGCUUCUAUCAAAGGAAGAAGAAGAAAAAAAACAGUUCGUGAAACGGAGAAAGAACAAUUGCAAAUAAUGUUGUGGGAGAAAAAAAAAUGCCCUUAGACAAACAUUCUGUCCGUCUUUCGUUUCACAGCCAGACGGGGAAAACUCUUUAUACCCAUUUCCACCGCAAUUUUAAUCUUGGCAAAGCAACGAUUCGCCGUAGAUUACGAGUGUACGGAACCAGCAUCCUUCUCUGGAAAGAUUCCCCCCUCCAAAUUUUGGUUCCCGUUUCGGGGAAACAGGACGAACGUUUGUAAUCGCGGGACAAAACCGAACGAAGGCGUCAACGUUGUUCGCUCUGGACUUCCGUCCCCGCGAAGCUUUGCAGCCGGGCAUGGGUGGCGCGAAGACUUCCCCCCCCUCCCCGCCUCCAACCAUCAGGAUGCAUUUUGCAAAAUAAAUUAAAUAAAUAAAUAACUUUGAGACGGCAAAAUGACAGACCUUUUGAGAAGGUCGGUCGUAGACGUACGAGCUUGAUGUUCUUCCCGAAUUCCCUCUCGCCCGAAUACUUUAUAUUGCACUAAUUUACUAAACUGUGUAUCGGUGGGGAUUAUUAUUAUUUUAUUUUAUUUUGAUAAUUAAAAAAAAAAAAAUACAGAAAAGGCACAACUUAUCCAUUCUUCCUGGCCGGGCAGAGAAGGGGAAACGAUAAAUUCAUUAUUGACUCGUUGAGGGUGCAGGAGAGACGGAGGGGGAAAAAAACCAUGACAUCACAAAAAAAAAAAUCCUCUCGGACUUCAAACCUGCAGCUUUCUUAGGAGACGUUUCGAAGUUGUGUAGACGUGUCGUACAGUGAAUUCUUUGGUUUUUAUAGCCCUUUAUCUUAAUACUUGAGUAAAUACUCUAUAGAGUGGCAUUUUCUCGACCUUCUCAACUUUUUAAAGAGGUGCGGACUUCCAACUCCCAGAAUUCCCUAUAUAGCCGGCUGGGGAAUUCUGGGAGUUGAAGUCUUAUGGGUCUUAGCAUUGCUAAGAUGGAGAGAGAGAAAAACCUGAUUUUCGAUAACAUUCUGACUUGGUUUCCUUCCCUGUCCUAUAAUCCUGGCUUGUUUAGUUGCAUUAAGAAAUCAUUAUAAUCAGGUUUAUCUGGAGCAGCUUUUGAGGACAUCUGUCCGUCGCCUCUUAUUCCUCCUCCAAACAUCCCUUUCCACAACUCAAAAAGUUAUUUUAAAAACAGGAAUUUCAUAGUUGGUCCUCUUUGGAGGCUUUCUUACUGCCAUCACUUGAAAGGACGGGGGGGGGGGAAAAUAAGCUUGUUUAUAAUGGAAUCAUUUCAAUCCCUUCUUUUUUAAAAAAAAAAAAAGAACUCAAAAUUUCCUCGGAUGGAAGUUGAUUGGCAUUUAAAACACCCUCGAAUUUAACAAGAGUGUGAAGAAUAUGUCUUCGUGCGUUUAUCUCUCCUUUUUUUUUUUUCCCCUUUCCCUUUAUUUUUUCCUUUGACAAAGUAAUGUACUUUUUACUUUUAUUUAUCAGUAACAAGCAAUUUCGGAAGUUCGGUUGAAAGUGUUCUAUCCUCUUUUUUUUUUUUUAAUUUAUACGACGUUUGUAUUUUUAGAUCUUUAAUACGGUGUUUCUACGACUACCUCUCCUUUGUAACUGCAUGCGUUUAAUUCUCGACCCGUAGUGUACUAACUGAAGAGAAAAAAGAAAAAAACAAAAAACCCUGUUGAUAACUUUUAUUAUGGCCUGUAUAAAUGUAUAUUAAAGUUAAAAAAAAAAAAGCAAGUGAAACAAUAAUAAACUGAUACUCAGAUGUUCCUAUAUAUAUAGAUAUAUAUAUAAUACAGGGUUUGACCAUCGGAUUCAAAA